AUGGCUGCCUUCCUGUUCAUUUACAGUACUACCAAUUUCAGUGAUAUUUGCAUGCACAAAAUUGAGUGCAAGAGAGCAAUUAAACUUGACAGUACAACUCCUGCAGUGAGAGCUGCAAACACAGUUCAGCUCCGGCCUCCUCACAAUGUCCAAAUGGAAAGUGACAGGAAGCCUUCCUACAACUUGACGUGGCAGCUCCCUAAUGUCUCUCAUUACCUCAAUGGGUGGCUGGAGUAUGAAGUAUGUUACAAAAAGCCAGAUGAUCCUGAUAAGGCUUCCACAAUCCUGCCUAUUAAGCAUGAUCAGCAGUGGGUAGAAAUUGAGACUCUUUCUCCCGGCACAGUGUAUGAGGCGGCCGUUCGUGUCAAGGUGAAAGAUCACUUGGGAAACACAAGCAUAUGGAGCCACUGGAGUACAAUGGAGCAGGUUUGUAUGGACGAAGGUGUCAAUGGACACAAGCUUCAGAAGGUGCUAAGGAUCGAUUUACCAGACCCAGCUGAGUUCUUCCCAUCUCUCACAGUUGUCCAUGGAGGAGAUGCUCAGAAGUGGCUAUCCUCUCCAUUAUCCAUGGAUUCCUUCCACAUCGCUGUUGCAUCCCCAGAUGUCUCUGUGCUUGAGGUACUGCAGAAAGGCAACCAGGAGCCUUGCCUCCUCCUUCCCAAGGAAUAUCUUACUCCUGUGGAUGCUCUAGAGACCAGUGGACAUUCCUUAUCCAGCUGUUUUGUCAACCGAGGCUACUUUUUCUUCCACCAUCAGUCCCUUGAGAUUGAGCCUUGCAAGGUGUACUUCACAUAUGACCCUUUUGCUCAAGAAGACAGUGGCAGUGAGGAUGGUGACUCCUACCAAGCACUCCACACAACAGGCAACCAUCCACCACUGCCUUCCCACAGCCUCAUGGGGAGCCAAGAGGGUGUUUCAUUGCAGAGAGAAAUGAAGGAACCAACUCAGAAAGUUCAUCAGACCAUCAGCCCUACAUCCAUGGGGAGAUCUCCACCUGCUCCAGCAAUGGAACAGGGUGAGACCCAGAAAGACAGCGACGGCAUCUUUCCAGUCUGCAUUUCUCCGCACAGGUCUGCCAUAGGUGUUCCAGGUGUCCAUGAGCAGCCUAGCAGCAAUGCUAAUGGAAUGGAGGUAAUUACAGAUGUCGCAACUCACGCCAGCUCUCUAAUAGGAGGUAAUACGCCUUCGUUUCUCCAGCCCAUCAUUCUGAAUCCAGGCAAAGCCAGUGACCUCUGCAGAACUGCAUCCUCUAGCCAGGUCCCUAACUCUGAGGCCUACUUGUCCUUGAGGGAGCUCCAAAGCCAAUACAACCAUCAGUCUGUCUGA